AUGCUAAGUUCUGUAGGACUGAAAUCUUCACAGGCUUCCUCUGGACCCUACGGUGACGAACAUGGUCGAUCCGCUUAUGCGUCAUGGGCCAGUACCAAAGAACGAGGAGUAAAUGAGUAUGUGAAGGACUUGCAGGAGGCUGGAAGGUACGCUUUGUGGGCACCGCUGCUGCAUGGUGCAUCUACGCUAGAAGAACCGUCCUUAUUGUUGGGACAGAUUCGCUUCGACGUGACGGCAGAUGACCAGCGUGGGUCUUGGCUGUUGCCGGAAGAAUUGUUGGCUCAGCAGCGAAGGCCAGUCGAUGAGGAUGGUGAUGAUAGGCAGCUUUUUACCAACACACCAAUUACUGAAGAGGAGCAGCAGGCAAUAGACCAUGUUUUGAUGCAGUUGCUGGUCCA